CAUAGAAAUCCACACCAAACAAAGAUUUAGCUCAUUAGCAGUACCUUUUUUUCCACAGCUGUAUACUUUACAAUCUUAUAUUGAACUUAAAUUAAGGCUGCUGCUGAUACUUGUCUUCAGAGAGCAUGUUUCUGCAUCAUCAUGACCCUGUCAGUCUGCUCCCUGAACUCUGAGCCUGUCCUUUGAAAAGACACAUUGUUUCUUAAGGCUGUUCUCUGAGUCUGUGUAGGAGAGACUGAGAGCAGCAUUACACUGAAGCACAGCACUGCUGCCUACAGACAUGGGUUGUUAUGAAUGCUGUAUGCGCUGUCUGGGAGGAGUGCCGUACGUCUCUCUCGUGGCCACUCUACUGUGUUUCUCUGGCAUUGCUCUGUUCUGCGGCUGUGGACAUCAGGCCCUUACAGAGAGCGAAAGACUCAUCGAGACUUACUUCGCCCGUGACCAUCAGGACUACAUCACCCUAGCGUACCUUAUUGAGUAUUUUCAGUACAUCAUCUAUGUCCUGGCCUCCUUCUUCUUCCUGUACUGUAUAGUCCUGCUGGCUGAAGGCUUUUACACCACCAGUGCAGUUCGCCAGUCAUUUGGAGAAUUUCGUAGUACAGUUUGCGGUCGCUGUCUCAGUACAACGUUCAUCGUGAUCACAUAUGUCCUGGUUGUUGUCUGGUUGCUGGUGUUCUCCCUGUCUGCGAUUCCUGUGUAUUUCUUCUACAACAUGGCAAACACCUGUCAGACUAUCAACUUCCUCUCUGAAACGCCCUCCAGCAUCAACCAGCUGUGCAUUGACGCCAGACAGUACGGUUUACUUCCAUGGAACGCAGUCCCAGGAAAGGUUUGUGGGAUGACCCUGUCGAAUGUGUGCAAGACAAGAGAGUUUUUCUUGACCUAUGACCUGUACAUCGCUGCCUUCGCUGGAGCGGGGAUGACGGUCUUGGCUCUGCUCACAUAUACUGUGUCUACCACCUAUAACUUUGCGGUUCUGCGGUAUCUGGGGAGGAAAGGCAUCAGUCCGCGGUGUUAACAUCUCUUCUGUCCUGGUGUCCACUGGUCCCUCUACCCUCAAUAACAGCACCAUUUCUCAUCUCGUGCUUUUCCACAACACUAUUUCCUGGCUGUUUUUUACAUUUUUUGGAUUUAAAGGUUUCGAUUUUGGAAUCUUUUCUCCAAACUAUCUCCUUUUUCCACCUGUACCCCUCCCGUGCACCAGGGGAAGUAUUCUGCCUUCAAGUCUUCUGGGACGUUAUACAAAACGGGUGUGCAAAAGAUCCAUGUAUUUUUCAUUCUUGUGCUGCCACAAAGAAUGACGGCAGUUGUAGUUUUGGUCUCAGUCGCCUCAUAAUCCAGCUAAACAAGUCGUUUUUUUUCAUGUUUUCAAGCCAACUUUAUCAAUAUUCUUCUUCAGCAGUACACAACUAAACUAUACAGUCAACUUAUGACCUAGCCAAGGCCUAGAUAGUGAUUUUGAAAUUGUGUAUAACACAUAACACUGACUGUAAAAUAUUUAUCUAUGGGGUGGCAUACUUUGAGUUUUGAUCAUUUUACCGGGCUAGUUUUGUUACACAGAGCUAACGACUGUGAUCAUGCCAACACAACUUGAAGUCAACUAUAAGCAUUGGAUUCCAUUUUUUACCCUUUUUCAUUUUUGGUUUUUGAGAUGUGAUACUAUAGAUCAUAGAUAUAUGUACAUAUAUGCCUUAUUAGUGGCAGUUUCUAUGAGUCGCUUUACAUAUAUACAUAAGAGGUCCGCCAUAUUGGAACAGUCAAAGCAGGUCCAUGAACAUUUGAGAGCAAGUUGAUUGGGCGUCUGUAACUUUUUGAAUGAAUAUCUAUAUAUGAAAUAGACUUCAGCAGAUGAUUUUACUAAACUAACACAAGAAGACAAGAUGAAGGCGUCAGCUAACAUGACAUUAAAAAGUUACCAUAAUAUAAGUAAAAACAUUGAGACAAACCAACACAUUCUCAUCUGUGAAAGGUUCUCCCAUUUCUUUAGGAAUUUAAAUCUGGGUAGUUUCACAACGAGAAGCUGUGCAAUGUCGUGGCAUCACUGGCCCUGUUUACUCCUGGUGUUAAGGUGUGUUUUGUUCGAUCGGAUCACAAGUAGACGAAUAAGACACAUUCCCGUUUACACCCAGUGUUUUAAUCCGUCUCUUUUGUCCACUUUCAACCACUUCUGUCCACUGUCAUUGUCUAUAGGCGGGAAAUGGAAUAGGUUUUCAGAUCUUUCGAUCUAAUGGACAAAAUAAGCUCAUGCAAUUUACAUAUGAACGCGCCCGGAGACCGCAAGACCAGCCGAACGCUGUGAGUGUGUGUCAGAGAUCAGAAAUGGUGAGAGAACUUUGUGCUUGGUACGUUUUUCAUCUUCAAACCAAACUUGGGUCUCCAGCCAACAAAGUUUAUCUCCUGUCUGGUUAGCGUUCUUCCCAUAAUGUUCACUCAUUAGAUCAGGAGAGCAGACGAUUUUUUAUGGCUGUUUCAACGCAUUCGACCCCAUGAGCGUUUCCACCGCAGGAACUUUCCCCAGGAACUAGGAACUUUGGUUCGCGGUGUAAACGCAGUAAGCAAGCGGUCUGGGGCAAAAAAAGUUCCUAUGAAAGAAGUUCCUGGGUGAAAUAGUUCCUGGUAAUUGCGGUGGAAACGUGGCUUAUGUUGCUGUCUGGGAAGUGGACAAGCUCAAAAUGUUUUAGACCCUGUUUACAAAUGUAUUUGGCGAAAACCACGUGAUCCGAUCGACCAAAGUGGAGAUGGUCCUCACUGCGGAACAUGAAAUCCAUGGGGAGGAG